UUUUUUUCUAUGUUUUAUAUUUCUUUAUUUCUUUAUUUUUGAUCUGAGAUCACUUUCUUUCCGAUUGCGAGUCUUUAAACUAUGGGUAUUCCAUUCCGUUCGGAGAUUUCUAGGUAUUGAUUUGAUUCUUGCCAAACCACUCACUCACUCACUCACUGCCUUCGGAAUCUUUUCCAUAAGCUGGCUGCUUUUUUCUUUUCUUUUCUUUUCUUUCUUUUUUCACCAACAUGCCGGCGCUGGUUGAACCAGGCAAUGGGAAUAAAAGGCCUCGACGGUCUUCCAUUACACAGCAUUUGCAGCGUAUACUUCAUAUCGACAAACAAAGUGACAGAAAAGACGAUAGCGGUGCAGACUUCUCAAAUGUGAAUACUACUACGGCAACGGCUCGUCCUCAGUCAAGUCAUCUACCGGGGGUCAGUGCAAACGGCACCCAUGGAGGAAACUACAAAUCAUUUGAUGCGAGCAAAAAUGGACACAACCGCCAUUCAUACUCAUCCUUCGGCUCAAAGUUUACGGGGGGAGUGAAUACUUCGGAAUCCCGACAUAGUGCUUCUCUACAGUCUGUCUCCCUGGAGCAACAACAGCCGUUGAAAGCGCACCCUUUUUCAGAUGUGUCGUCGAAUACGCGUGGUGAGGCCAUCGUUUUGUCCACCUGGAACCACAAUGUUGUCGAGAAGAAAGACAGACGGGCGACAAAGCGCCUGGAAGCAGAGAGGGUGGAGCUCGAGAAGCGGUUGCUCAAGUUGGAAGAAGCCGAACGGACCGGAGACAUGUCUGCCCUCAGACGAGAAUCUCGUAGACUAACCAAGAAACAACCAUUCGGGAGCUCAAGCAGGUCAUCGAGUGCGAGUGGGGACGAAUCUCGGCCUUCCUCACGUCUUUCUUCGAUAUUCUCGAGCUCGCGGCGGAGGUCACGGUCUCGAUCAAGCUCCUUCGGCGCAGACGACCGCCCCAGUGCGAAGCCACCAGUCACCGUGUCCAAGGAGAACCCAAGGGAUGGUGCAAAUGGGAACUCGGCCACGUCGAAAAUUUCUAUUACGCUUCCCGAGCGCCUAAGUACCACCAUAUCCAGGGAGCUCGCCACGAAAAGCCGCGCCCUUCUUUCGUCUGCGGAGCAACAAAUUGAAUCCGCGCAAAUCCCUCAGUCGGGCUCGAAAACAUCCUCUCCCCUGUUGGUAUCUAGUGGGCAGGCGCCGGAGAAUGGAGUUAAUGCAACACCGUCACAGGUAGAUCUUCUGUCGACUGCGCGCAAAGAAAGCGACCCAGAAUCGAAGACUUCAUCUGCUAAAGAUGCGUCGCUGCCCCAAGUAGACUUGGAUCGGUCAUUAUUUGCAGCAAGUCUCAAACCUGGGAAGAGAAAUAAAGCGGCAUCUUCUAAGAAAACGGCGGAUCAAGGGACUCCCAACAGCAGGCAGAAUGCGGUCAAGCCUUCGCGAGAUACUGAUCAAAAUGACCCUACCUCAAAGAAAAGCCUGCAAAGCGGCUCGACGAAAAACCUGCUAAACAGGACGUCCGCAGAUGGCAUCAUCCAAAGACAUAAAAAGGAGUUUAAAUCCUCUCCUCUUGCAGAGUCCCAGACUAUCAUUAACGACAUGGAUUCUCCGACGACGCCAGAGGGAGCUACACAGCUGCUAAACUCUAGGACUUCUGAUGCCGCCAAAAGAUCACAACUUUCGGACUAUUCCGGGAAAGCUUCUCGCUCGCACCUGGAUAUAGCAAAUUUUUCCCAGCCUUUGGGUGAAAAUAUAGGGCAGAGAGGAAAGGCAAGAGUCAAUUCGUCUAACAGCUCCAGGUCGUUCUCAAACAUAACAUCGACUUUGAGGUUCAACCAAACUGCCCCAUCCCUACUCCAAACUAAAUCGCGGUUCCAUAACCAGUCCGAUACCAAGAAAUUCGUCGCUCCACUUUCCUUGAAGCAACCCAAGUCACCAGUACUUCCUCAGAAAAGCCCCAGGCGAAACAGUCAUACUAUGCCGGAGUCAGACCUGGUCUGGGAUCACAGUCACAGGCAGCGGCCAUCAAGCGCCUUGUCCGGUGCUAGUCGCUGGCAGGAGGCCGGAUCAGAUGGCUACAAUACGUCGGAUGAAGCUACCGCCGAUACGUCCGCUGGCUUUGCAACUAAGCAUGCUUUUGAGCACACUCGUUCUGUUAGUGUGGAUACCAUACCGUCCAGUCUGAGAAGCAGUCCUGCACCGGUGGGCUCCAAGAUACCGAUUAAAAAGCCAGCCCCGGCGGCACGAGAUCAAGUCGACAAGCUCUUUGUCAUCUGCUGCCGCUGCAAGUUCUGGCAUGACUUGCCUUCCGAGGCGUAUGCGAAACUGGCGGCUACAGACCCUCUGACUGUCGCUUCGGAUGCAGAGUUGUCGAAUGCGUGGGAUGCAAACUCCUUCUCCAACAGAUUCACUUCCCAGGAGAAUUACUUACGCACACGCAUCACAACCGACACGUCCUUUUCCCCGGUGCAAUGUUGCUGGUGCAAUCACAAUAUGAGCAAGCAAUGCUGCCAAGGAUGGAGCACUGUAGUUCAUAUGCAGCAAAGGCUCCACUAACUGUAUUAUGUCUUUCUUCAAUUCCUGGAAUCCGCCAUUAUUGUACUUUGCUUUUCUCUUCCCUUUCGAGGGCCUGUUUUCUUUCCACUGGAUGGAGGUCCAUAUCGAUAUGAUACCGAUUUAUGUUGAAUAUAUGAGUCUGUUAACUGUGUGAAUUUGAGCCUUUAAGUAACGAGGCAACCUCUCUCUCUCUCUCUCUGCUAGGAUUUAGAUAGUAACUCCUUCCACGUGCGAUUUAUGUCAGAUUUUGGCCUCG